CGCAGUCUGGACCUGUGUAGUAGGGCUACCUCGGAAACCAGCGUACUACAUAGAUCCCUGACUCAAGCGGGUAUUUCUGUCGGAUUUAGGCGCAACAACUGCGCCAUUGAUGAGCGGAUUACUUUGCAAAGCAUUCAUUUGUAAAGAGGAACUCGUAUCUGUUUAAUAAGGAAGUGUCCACGAAGGCAAACUAAGAGAAAAUGAGCAGAUAGUUGACAGAUUUCUUCCCCUUUUACAGGCGCGUUAUAUGGAAGAGGAGUGUUUAUGACCCCUGAAGCCUGGAGAAAAACACGAAACAACCUGACUGGCAAGAAAAGUGUGUGUACAUGCCAUGGCUGUGGUUUUAUCUUCUCACCUCCAGAUAAUAUGUGUGGUAUUUGUACUCUUCGACAGCACUGGAGGUUCGGCUUCUCAGACGUCCCAGUUCUCUUCGUAUGAAGUGAGCAUCCCGAAACGCAUCGGCAGACACAGGAGAGAGCAGGACGGCUCCGUUUCGGAUAAGGUGUCCUAUGUUAUCCCAGCUCAGGGGAAAGAACAUGUCAUCAUCCUGGAAAAGAACGAGUUUCUCCUGCCGGAGGAUUUCACCGUGUAUUCCUACGCUAAGGAUGGAUCACUGAUCACCGAAAGACCCAACAUGAAGGAUCACUGUCAUUACCGUGGUUACGUGGAGGAUGUAGACGGCUCUUCCGCUGCUCUGAGUCUCUGCUCUGGAUUACGAGGUGUGAUCCACAUGCAGAACACCAGUUUAGGCAUCGAGCCACUAGAGGGUUCGUCAGAUAAUGAGCACCUCAUCUACCACCUGGAGGACGUCAAGACGGAGCCUUUUACCUGCGGCACGCCCCACUCCCGUCACCAUGGCAACCAAGUAUCACCCGGCCACGCCCAGGCCCACAACGCUACAUUUGGUCGACCUGAGAGUCAUCUGAUCAGAAAAAAGAGGGCGGUGCUACACCAGACACAUUACGUGGAGCUGCUGCUGGUGGUCGAUAAUGAGAGAUUUAACUUCACAAACCGCAAUCAGACGGCGGUGAGAGAGGAGAUGGUGCAGCUCGCUAACUACAUCGACAGUAUGUACGUAGCUCUGAAUAUCCGGGUGGUGUUGGUGGGGUUGGAGAUCUGGUCGGUGAUGAACUUUAUCAGUACGGACGGUGGAGCAGGUGAGGUGCUCGGUCGCUUCACCCAGUGGAGGGAGAAGGAGCUCGUGCCCCGCCGUCGCCAUGACAGCGCUCAGCUCAUCCUGAAUAGAGGAUUUGGGAUUACAGCAGGCAUGGCGUUUGUGGGUACGGCCUGCUCCAGGAGUCAUGGGGGCGGGAUCAAUGCGUUCACUCAUAAAAAUGUAGCAUCGUUUGCCUCCAUCGUGGCUCAUGAGCUCGGCCAUAAUCUCGGGAUGAACCAUGAUGAUGACGGGAGAAACUGCAAAUGUGAUGUGGCCCACUGCAUCAUGAACUCCGGGGCAACUGGCUCGCGGAACUUCAGUAGCUGCAGCGCGGAUGACUUUGAGAAGUUGAUCCUGACCGCCGGAGGCAGCUGCCUGAUGAACGUGCCGCGUCCCGACGAGGCCUACAGCGCCCCCUUCUGUGGCAACAAGCUGGUGGACGUGGGAGAGGAGUGUGACUGCGGCUCCGAGGAGGAGUGUGAGAAGGACCCCUGCUGUGAGCCUAAAACAUGUAAACUCCGAGCUGGAGCUCAGUGUGCCUAUGGAGUGUGCUGCAAGCACUGCAGGUUCCUCCCCGGUGGCACCGUGUGCAGGAGCAGUACGGACGAGUGCGACCUGCCGGAGUACUGUAACGGCUCGUCUGCUCUGUGCCGGGUCGACGUGUUCAAACAGAACGGACACCCGUGCCGAGAGGGCGUGGCUUACUGCUACAACGGCCUGUGCCAGCACUACGACACCCAGUGCCAGGCCCUGUUCGGGCCCAAGGCAAAAGCUGCUCCCGAGGUUUGCUUUAAAGACGUAAACUCCAAAGGUGAUCGCUUCGGAAACUGUGGCUACCAGAACAACCACAUGAAGAAGUGUGAGAGCAGGAAUGCCAUGUGUGGGAAGCUGCAGUGUGAGAACGUCCAGAACACCAUCGUGUUCAGCAUCAAGCCCUCCAUCAUCCAGACCCCGAUCGGAGGCACCACCUGCUGGGGAGUGGACUUCCGUCUGGGCACCGACGUUCCUGACCCGGGCAUGGUCAACGAGGGCACCAAGUGUGGAGAGAACAAGGUUUGUUUGAACUACGAGUGCAAGAGUGCUGACGAGCUGAAAUACGACUGCGACGUGCAGAACAAAUGCCACGCUCAUGGGGUGUGUAAUAGCAACAGGAACUGCCACUGUGAUUACGGCUGGGCGCCACCCUUUUGCGAAUUCGCAGGCUACGGCGGCAGUACAGACAGCGGCCCCACCUGGAACGAUAAAGACACAUCGACGAGAGACGGCCUGCUGAUUUUCUUUUUCCUGGUUCUUCCUCUCCUGGCUUUGGGUCUCUACGUCUUUUUCAGGAGGAACGAGCUGCAACGACGCUUCUGCAGGAAAAAACGCUCUCAGGGCUACGAAGCGGACAGCAGGCCGCAGACCAACAACAGCCGGACUCCUGCGAAUCGGCACGGGAACCCCAGCAGCAUAGUGAAAGACGGACAUCAGGCUCAGUUAUUGCCAGCCGAAGAGGUGGUUCACACGAGUAAGACCUCUGCAUCAGCGCCGGCGUACGUCUCCAGACCGCCACGCCCAGCGUUUACACGACCUCCUCCUCCUGCCAGUCAGCUCCUGCCGCAGAGACCCGCCCCUCCUCCCCCUGUAUAACACACGCCUCACACAUCCAGGACAGGUGUGUGUACGUGUGUGUGUGUGUGUGUGUGUGUGUGUGUGAGUACUUGAGUGACCCUGCCUGACCCUACGCUUCCCACCGUGACCACUUGUCACCUGUCAGUCAAACAGCUGCUACGCUAAAGACAUGGGCUGAAUCUGACACACCCUGAACAGCGCACUGAGUACGACGCUAAAAAUAGGAAAAUCACCUUGUUAUAGCACUAUACAGCAAAUACGGGAGCUGUUCGGAUUCAGCCGUGGCUUCUGCACCGAGACGAACCUCAUCCUGCAAUAUCAUCGUACGGAAAAGGCGGGACCAGUGAGCCUCAGCCAAUCAGAUGGGCACGAUGUUCCUCAUUUAAGGUUCUUACGGCAGCACGCAGAAUCUCUCGUGUAUUAUCAUGUCUGUUACUAUUACGGAAUGUAAAGGACCAGAACCACUGCAGUUGAUUGCACUUCAGUAUAUUUAGUGCACAAACAAUGUAAUCAUGUCAAGCUUCCUGAUUAAUUAGGCUUUUUUUUUUUUUUUUUUUUUAAAUAUAUAUAUAUAUUUGGUGUCGAAUAUGACCGGUUGAUGCAGACCGCGGCAAUCGUGAAAUCCGAUUUCUUUCAGAUUCUGCAUCAUCAGGCUUUUACAUAGGAUGCAUAAAUGCUGGAGGGUUUGUUUUUUUUUAAAUUAAAAAAAAAAAGAAGAAAAAAAAAUAUAUAUAUUAGUUCUAAUUAAAAAUUAGCAUCAUUUGAAAAACAGGAAAUAACUUUAGAGGAGUUAAAAAACAAACGGUGAUACUGAAAACAAUAAACAGUCAUAAAUAAUUCGGUUUGUAAUCAUUUCUUGGGAAGUAAAAUCGAAUCGUGACGUCCUAAGCGAAUUUAUAAAUAUAAAAUUAAAAAAGAAAAAUAAUAAUAAUUUUUUAUAUAUAUAUAUAUAUAUAUAUAUAUAUAUAUAUAUAUAUAUAUAUAUAUAUAUAUAAUAUACAUAUAUAUGCAAAAUACCACUGAUACGAACAUGACAAGCCAUUUGAAUUAUUAUUUUUUAAUUAUUAUUAUUAUUAUUAUUAUUAUUAUUCGUAAACAACACCAAUUUUAUAUCUUCAUUCGAGCUGCAAACCGAUUCCUCUUCCGGAUUCUCAGAUGCCACGUUGCUUUCCAGAGUGAAAGGUCAAAGUUCAAUACUGCAAUAUAAACAAACUCUAAACUUCAGGGUUUGUUUUUGUGUGUCAUCGUCGUCGUCGUUGUUGUUGUUGUUGUUUUUCCACACCGUUUGUAUCCAUCUAUGUCAUGUUGAUUUUAUUUCUUUUGUUGAACAAUUUUUUUUUAUUAUUAUUAUUAUUAUUUUCUUUUUAGAUCGACCGUCUCUCGGAGCAGAUAAACCUCUAGAAGCGCUCGUUUGAAUAUUUCUAUGUCUUUUUUUUUUUUUUUUAAAUUGAAACGGUUGCAUUGUGGUGUAAAAUAUAUCGUCGGGGUUUUAUUUCACAAACUUGAAGCCUUAUUUGAGUCAUCGUUAAAGGGCUACGUGACGCCGAGAGCGCAAACCCCUGCUCAGAUCCUACAAUGCAAUACGCUCUCAAUGUUCAAAUCGCACACACACACGUAUCUGUGUCAGUAUGACUCUGUGGAUAUGUGUGUGUGUGUGCGCGCGCGUGCAAAGCUGACAAAGUGCCAUACGGUCUGUAAUAACACUGAGCGUCUCUUGUCAGUCCGAUGCGCGCGCGCGUGUGUUCAAGCCUGAACGACAGAGUUCUGAUCGGACUGAACGAUUUUAAUAAUCUCCUUCGAACGGAUUUUUCCUACAUUUCUUUUUCUUUCUUUUUCAUAUCGGUCUGAUUGCACUGCGUUCCCGAUUCUUCCAGCUGCUCUAAGCGCUAUUCGAGGUACAAAGUUGCACUUUGACCCCCCCCCCCCC